GCGUCUUACUGCCCUCUGUCGGCCGCUCGCUGAACUAGACCUUAAACGCUAGGACCAAAAUGACCAGAAAACAAACGUCUUUUCCACGUGUUUUGUGUCACGGUUUGUGUGAUUUGCAGAAACGGGAAUGAGGAAAUGUAAAAGGAGGAGUUGAUGAGUCGAUAGCUACAAGAGAAAACUGAGGAAUUAUGUGUUACAAGUGAGAAGUUGAUUGGAUAAUGAAGGUAGUCAGUCAGUGCUGUCUCUGGUGAGACUGUGAGUGAUAUAUAAACAAGACGAGAAAAAAGGUAAUGUUUAGUAGAGAAUUUAAGAAAAAAUAAAACACCCUAGAAGUAAUCUUUGGAAAGUUGUAUCUUCCUCCAAUAUAUAGUGGAUGUUAACAUGUGAACGGGAAAGAGAGAUGAAAAAAAAGAGAGAAUCAGCUGAGAUUAGGAAGUGAAGAUAGGCCAAGAAAUGAGAAGAUAAAAAAAAAUAAAAAUAAAAAUAAGAGUAAUACUAAUCGUAGUAAAACGGUGUUGUUUCUGCGGCAGGUCGUGGGCGGAGCUUAGGGAGCCGGUGGGCGGAGCUUAGGGAGCCGGCGGGCGGGCGGACGGAGCUCAGCCCGAACGUUUCUCUCGCUCGUCAGUCUGUCACGAACCUACGCACGGAGAGGGUGUGCCGCGUGCGGUCCUGAAGCAGCAUCACACGCUCCCUUUUUUUAAAGCUCUCCUUUUUUUUUCCCUCCUCUCCCCCCCCCCCCCCCCUUUCCCCCUCUCCACUGUUGACUCCUGCGGUUCUCCUCGACGUUACCCCCAACAUCGCCUACGAUACGCAGGAUACAAGAAAUACAAUACGUGGUGUAUUGUUGUAUCGAAAAAGCAUUCCACGACGCAGGUUCUACACUAACACACAGCCAUGCGGUGGCUCUCACAUCCCGUGGCCAUCGCACUGGCCGGGAUCGUCUUGUCGCUGUGUGUCAUUGAGACCUCGGCCAACGCGGUGUUCGAACUCCGCCUGAAGAAGUUCACGAACCGCUUCGGCAAGGACACCGAAGGACACUGUUGCAGCGGCUAUCGCAACUCGCAAGGACACUGCACGGGGACUUGCAAGACGAAAUUUCGCGUGUGUCUCAAAGUUUACCAAGAAGUUAUAGACCCGGAGUCGCCAUGCACUUUCGGCGAGGCUGAGACCCCGGUCUUGGGCGACAACGAAGUGGAUUUCGCCAAAGUGGAUUUGCAAGGAUUCCGCAAUCCCGUGCCCUUUGAGCUCGCUUCGUGGCAGGGAACAUUUUCGCUCAUCAUAGAAGCAUGGCAUGAAGAACCCAACACAACUGCUACAUAUGUUGAACCGGCCCUGAUCACCCGCCUGAUGAUCCAGCGCUGGCUCGACCUCGGGGAGGAGUGGACGGGCGACGACCACCGCACCUCGCACUCGUCGCUCUCCUACGAGUUCCGAGUGACCUGCCAGGAGAACUACUACGGCGAGGGCUGCCGGAAGUGGUGCAAGCCGAGGAACGACUCCUUCGGGCGCUACGUGUGCGACGACCAGGGCGAGUACGUGUGCCUGGACGGAUGGCAGGGCCCCGAUAACUACUGCCUCAAACCCAUCUGUAGUCCCGGUUGCCACGAGUCCACCGGCUUCUGCGACCAGCCCAACGAGUGCAAGUGCCACAGCGGGUGGAAGGGCCCGGACUGCGACCAGUGCCAGGUGUACCCCGGCUGCCUCCACGGCACCUGCGACAAGCCGUGGCAGUGCAACUGCGACGAGGGCUGGGGUGGCCUCUUCUGCAACCAGGACCUCAACUUCUGCACCAACCACCGGCCCUGCAGAAAUGGCGCCACCUGCUUCAACACGGCCCCGGGCUCGUACUCGUGCGAGUGCCCGCCGGGCUUCUCGGGCACCAUCUGCGAGAUCAUCAACGACACGUGCGCCAACACGCCGUGCCGCAACGGGGGCACGUGCCUGGACACGGGCGACGACCAGUUCGUGUGCCAGUGCCCCUCGGGCUUCACCGGCCAGUACUGCGAGAUCUCCGGGCAGUCGUGCGCCGACCGGCCGUGCCUCAAUGGCGCCACCUGCUCCGACACGGCCACUGGCUACCAGUGCCACUGCCGCGCCGGCUACGAGGGCACCAACUGCGAGCGCGGUAACGAGUGCGCGUCUGACCCCUGCCUGAACGGCGGCUCGUGCGUGGACGAGCACGACGGCUUCCAGUGCGUGUGCCCCGUCGGCUACACGGGCGACCGCUGCCAGACCAACGUGGACGACUGCGCGCACCGGCCGUGCCUCAACGGCGGCACCUGCAUCGACGGCCUGGACUCGUUCACCCCCGGCUUCCUGGGCACGCUCUGCCAGACCAACGUGGACGACUGCCGCACGCAGCCCUGCGCCAACGGCGGCACCUGCGUGGACGGCGUCAAUGACUUCUCGUGCGAGUGUCGGCCCGGCUGGGGCGGCCGCCAGUGCACGACGCGCGUGCCCGUGCCGGUGUCGCCGUGCGCGUCGGCGCCGUGCCACAACGGCGGCUACUGCGUGGAGGCCCCUGAGCUAGCCGUGGGCUUCCAGUGCACGUGCCCGAGCGGGCUGGGCGGCCCCUUCUGCACGGUGGUGACCAAGCCGGCGCCGCAGGUGGACGUGGACGCGUCGCCCAUGUCGGCGGCGCAGGUGGUGCUGGUAGUAACGUUCAGCGUGGCCGUGCCCGUGCUGGCCGUCGUGUCGGCGCUGGCCAUCGUAUGCAUGAAGCGGCGCAGGAGGCGCGAGCGCGCGCGCCAGGACGAGGAGGCGCGGCGCCAGAACGAGCAGAACAUGGUGCACAACGCCGUCAACGCCGCCAACAACAAGUGCCUGGAGGACCACAUGAUCAUCAACUCGCUCGACUACCCCGCCAAGCCGCUCAACACGCAGCACCACGCGCUGCCGCACUUGCAGGGCGGCCACCACCUGCACAUGCACGAGCCCGACGCCAAGAAGGCCGUCGAGAACACGUACAGCAUCGUGCCGGCGAGGAGCACCAAGACCAUCAACACCGACAUGUCGCGCCUCUCGCUCGCCGACUGCCUCGAGAAGGGCCUCGACGCCCCCGCCCACGCCCCUGCUUGCCGUGGGACGCCCACCUCGGAGCUCAACGCGCCCUGCAAGGUGCUCCCCGAACCCCCCCUCCCGCGAGUCCACAGCCACAGCGAUGUGUACAGCAAGCGCAACAGCCUCAUCGGCAGUGGAGGCGGCGGAGGUGGAGUCGGCAGCGGCGGCGGCGGAGGCAGCUGCGAUAUCCACACCUCCACCAACACGUUAACCUCCACCUGUACGCCUUCCACCUGUACCACGCCGUCAAGUGUGUUCGUUAUAGAAGAACAUUAUGAUGAUGAGAAUUACAUUGCCACGGAGGUUUAGUGAUUCGUUGAAAUAAUUACGUUUUUUUCUUCGAACUCUACGGUUUUUUUGUAGAAAAGAGAAGAACGAAAAAAAAAUGGAAGAGAAGAGAAGAGAAUGAUUUAAGAGAGAGAAAAUAAUUGACUCUUCGUGUGAUUCUUCUUCUUCUUCGUCUUCUAAGUGUUUAAAAAAGUGAGCAGAAAAAAAAAGCAAAGAAAAUUUUGCCCCCGAAAAAAAAAACAUUUUUUUUGCUAGUGACGCCAAAAAGAGAAACCAAGACUUCUAUUACAAUUGAUAGUAUUAUUAAUUAUUAUUAUUAUUAUUUUGUUGUUGUUUUCGCCUUCCAAAGGUGGGCGGAGCUUGUGAAAGAGAAGAGGACUUCCCUUGGCGACGUCUCGUGUGAAGUGCAAGGAAGUCACGGCCCGCGGAAGCACCCGAAAGAAAGAAAAACGAAAACAAACAAACUGAAAUGUUGAAGUGAUGUUUUCACUUCUCUUUAGUCCCAAGCACAUCCAAAGAUGUUUUAAUUUAGGAGCUAUCAUUACUAUUUACUAUUACUACUUCUACUCUAGUUAUUGCUAUUUAUUCUCCUUGUUUUCGCCAUCUUUCUCUCUCUCUAUCUUUCUUUUUUUUGCAAAUGUGUUAUUUUAUUUAUUGUUAAAAAUAAAUCGAUUUUUUUUUCUCUCACACUCUCUCUUUUUUUUAAUUAUAUAUAAAAAUAUAUAUGUACACUGUAACUUGUAUCUUGUGGUAUGUGGUACAAAAAAAAUUGUGUUUAUAUUGUAGUGCCUUCCAUGUGAACAGUGGAAAUGAACAGUGAACAAAUGAACAAAGAAGUAUCGUUGUUGUUUAAAGGAGCAAGCACAGUGGCAAAGGGGAGGAGUUUGUUGUAUUUGUGCAAGUAAGACGAGGACAUAAUCAAGCAAACAAGCAGACAACAGUUCCAAGCAAGUAAAAAAAAAAACAAAAAAACAAGGAGG